CUAUUGCAGAGAGAGUGGGGCAUAAAAAGUUUCUUGACUAGCUGGUUAUUGUUGGUGGGUCAGAAGAGUCAAUGGUGCCCAGCUGGUCUACUGCGUGCCGCGUUCACUCGCUGCGCACCAGUUGAUUCUCCUCCGACAAGCAAGAGAUAAGAUCGUGUGAGCAUCUGUGAGAGAUAAAUAAUUAAAAACAUCACAAGUUCCUGAAAAGCGCUGCCGAAAGCAACUGAAAAUGCUUUCCGCUCUUUACCAGAGGUCGAUGGCCACAAUCGGCCGCAGAGUGCCCGAAAGGUUGCAGCCCCUUUGGAAACAUCCCGCUGGGCCACAGACGGUCUUCUUUUGGUCGCCAUUAUUCAAAUGGGGACUGGUGUUUGCUGGAAUUGGUGAUCUCAGCAGGCCUGCGGACCAACUUAGUGUGAAACAGUACAGCUCCUUGGCAGCUACAGGAUUCAUUUGGUCCAGAUACUGCCUGGUCAUUAUCCCAAAGAACUACAGCUUGUGCGCCGUCAACUUUUUCGUCGGACUCACUGGCGCGUACCAAGUCGCGCGAGCUCUCAACUACCAACGGAAGCAGCAGGCUGCCUUGGAAAAGUGAUCUUAUCGUCGUGUUGAGAGGAUGAAUUCAUUAAUUUUAAAUCAGAUAUAAAAAGAAAUAAUGAAUUAAGUCAAAAUUUGUGAAAAAGUACAAGUUUUAUGAUAUUAAUUUUGAAAUCUUAUAUAAUUAUAUAUGUGCACAAGACGAUGAAUUAUUUUAAUAUAAUGAAAAUUAUCAUAAAUUCAUUUCAUUUUUAAUUGAGUAUUUAAUUUGAGCAUUCUCUUAAAAUUUAAAUGAUUAACUCAGCCAGAUUCAAAGUAGUGACAAACUAAAAAAUUUUUAUUCAAAAAUUUUUUAUUUUGGGAAAUCUACUUUUUUUCUGAAUUGACGGCAUAGAGCGUGAAAAGAAGGCGCCUAAUUUUCUUAUGAAUAUAAGAUUAUUUUGUCAACAACAUCUUCAUCGUUUGGCCUCUUUUCAGCAAAUGAGAACGGAUGUUUUUGGCGAAACCAUUUCCUGCGAUUUUCAUUUUUGCAAAGCAAUUUUGAUCAUUUUCCAUGUCCAAUUGGGUUAUUUUUGACACACUGACCUCGCUAGCUCGCUCGCUUGUGUUUUUCAGAAUAAACGACGUAACGACCGCUCUUGUGGCCGCGCGCCCGACACAUUAUAGGCCCCAAUCAAAUCAGCGGGAGCCGCGCUCGUCCGUCUGCUGCCCGUUGCAAUUCAGUCUGCCUUGUGACGGCUCCGUCGCUCUCAUUAAUCUAGUCCUGGAUACCCUAAAAAAAAAAUAGAGCACCAGAUCACCCCCUGCCGAUGACGUCAUCCUUUGUCCGCAACUCUUCUGAUCUCUCUCGGCGACCCGCAUUUGAUAAUAAAUAAAAGCAUAUAAUCGACUUGGUACUUUGCGACUUCAAGUGUUGAAAUAUUUGCGAUCAGUUUGUGUAAAUGCGCGGUCUAUUGAUAGCUCACGCGGUGUUUGAUGCAAACAUUGCGUUUUUCUCUCGAUUGAAAGAGAAGACAAAACUUGUAGCUCUAUUUGAUAUUUUUGCAACAAUGAGAGUUUGAAACUAAUUAAAUUAAAAUUUUCUUUAAAUAUGUCAAAAGAUAUCAAAAUCAUUGAUAUAGUAAAUACCUCAAAAUGAAAACUUACAAAUCAAAUUUUUUUAUACAAAGUUUUACUUCCUCUCUGUAUAAUUGAUAAAUACAAGUUUUCGAGAUUAAAUGAAGUGUGUUUUCUAGUAAAAAUAUUUGUCUUUAAUGGAUUUGUAUCUUCAAGAAUAGAAAAACAAGUUAAUCUUCAUGCUUCUCCAUACCAACUUAUUGUUAGUACAUAUUAUU